CUCUGUCAUACUCGUGAGGGCUCUCAACAAGGACGUACCGGCGUCCAAGUAAGAUGAUGUUUUCCAGUCGCUGUAUUCCGGGGGCUCUUCUACUGUUGAGCAGUGGGGUCAGUGCCUGCUCUCGGGUGACUUACCAUGCCAACGUCGACGACCGUAUCACGGUCGGUCGGUCGAUGGAUUUUGUGGCCUCGACCAAUUCAAGCAUCUACAUCUUCCCAGCUGGUAUUGAGCGCAAUGGUUCCGUCGAAGCCAAUCCCCUGCGGUGGACCUCGAAGUACGGCAGUAUGGUGGCAACAAUGUACGAUAAAGUCACCAUCGACGGCAUCAACUCCGCAGGUCUGACCGGUAGCAUACUCUACCUCGGACCCAGCGACUACGGGGCGCGCAACACCUCACGCCCGGGUGUAGCCAUCGGCGCCUGGCUUCAGUACUACCUCGACAUGUACGACACGGUUGCGGGGGUGGUCGCGGACCUGAACUCGACGAAUCUACAAGUCGUAACGGCGACGCUGGUCACCGGGGUCUCAUCCGUCGGCCAUAUCACUCUGACGGACAAGUCGGGAGACAACCUCAUCAUCGAGUAUCUGAACGGGCAGCUCACUAUACACCACGGCCAACAGUACCAGGUCAUGACGAAUGAUCCCACCUAUGACGAGCAAAUUGCCAUCUGGGAAUACUGGACACCCAUGUCGAACUAUUCGCUGCCCGGGACAGGAACUCCAGCAGACCGCUUUGUCCGACUUUCCUACUAUAACACGAUAACGGCUGACUCUCCGGGUUUGAUGGCUUCGGUCGCGACCACGGCCGCCAUGAUUCGAGCAGUCAGCGUCCCCUUCGUCCCCAAAAGUCAGAUCAACGCCGGUCUAGACGUGUGGCCGACUCUCUGGAGAACUUAUUACGACCUCCAGGAUAUGGUCUUCUUCUACGAGAGUUCCGUCGUGCCCAUUUCUAUCUUCAUGUAUCUAAAAGACUAUGAUCUGAGCAAAACUGGGACCGUCAAACGUUUGGACCUUGCCGAUACAGAUUGGAAUGAGCUGUACGGUGACAUGAAAGGCAAUUUCACCGAUGCGAAGAUUUUCACGCCUGUUUGAUCAAAUAAUAUCAGACGACCGGGAUAAACAAUGGCUUUGCACAUCUUUACAAAACCUUGUUCGGCAGCGGGUGAUCGGGACCCGGCGAGCCAGUGGCAGCAAACUCGCAUGCAAGCGUGUGGUGGACCAUCGAGAACCAGAAGAGAGUGGUGAGACAGGGUCGAUGAUUACGAUUGAUUUCGAACGAUUCGAGAGUCGGGCAUUUUUCAUUUUCUACCUUGUGGGAUCUGUUAAUCCAGGUGCUAUGUGCAUAUCCAGGCACCCACACAGUCCUAGCUUCUUAAUACUAAGUAUUUGUACAGGGUACAUUGGAAAUAAGACUUCUU